CCGAGUUAGCCAAUGUACACUGGGAGUUAGAAUUCACCCUGUACCUGAACCCCGGCUUGGCGUGGAGGGUCCUCUAGCUGAAGAGAAACCAUGGCGAACCCAGAGAGCCACCCUCAGCCUCCGGACGGCGGUUGGGGCUGGAUGGUGGUUCUGGCCGGGUUCAUCGUCACUGGAUGCACGUUCGGAACAUUCCGCUCCCUCGGAGUCUUCUUCCUGACGUUCAGCCAACAGUUUCAGGCCAGCUCCGCGGAGACGGCGUGGAUAACCUCUAUCCUUACCAGCGUUAUGCUUUUCCUUGCUCCGGUUGGCACUGCCUUGGCGAGCACCAUAGGUUUCCGCCCGACCAUCAUGUUGGGAGGGGUGCUCUCAGCAGCCGGCUACAUCGUCAGCCGUUUUGCGACCCGCAUAUUUCACUUGUACUUGGGAAUUGGAUGUCUGACAGGCCUUGGAUAUGCCUUAUGUCUUAGUCCUGCUUUCGCGAUUGUCGGGCAGUAUUUCACCAAAAGACGAGCCAUGGCCACCAGCCUGACCAUGCUGGGCUCAAGCGUCGCUUCCAUGUCGUUCCCGCCACUUUUCCAGUACCUGAUGGACGAGUUUGGUUGGAAGGGCGCUCUGCUUAUUAUAGGCGGCAUGAUGCUGAAUAUGACUGUAGCUGGAGCCUUGAUCAGACCUCUCGAGGCUUACAGAGACAGGGAUGACCCUAGAACGCUCAGAAACAGCAGAAUGAACGACUCAGACACAGUCCUGGAACCUGGAACAACAAAGAAAUGUUCUGCAGCUGCCGCGAACUUUCUAAAAAGGUUUUGGGCACAGAUGGACUUUAAAGUGAUCCUGAUACCUUCCGUGGCCCUGUAUUUGACCUCCUUGUUUAUAAUGCAGUUGGGCCUCAACGUUCCAACGCUGUACAUCGUCCCUCGCGCCAAGCAGCUUCAGAUCGAGGACUACGCGGCGGCGUCCCUCCUCUCAGUCAUCGCUAUCGCAGACAUGGUCGGUCGGUUAGCAGUCGGGGCCAUCCCGGACAACUCACGGUUCAGCCGGUUUGACCAGUACGGACUGAGUCUGUGCCUGUUGGGCAUCAUCAACCUCCUGUUUCCGCUCGCCAAGACGUACCCGGCGCUCGUGGCGUACGCUAUCGCACACGGGGCGUUCUUCGGCGCGUUUCUUCCGACGACACUGACCUGUCUGGCCGAACUGGUUGGCCCGAAGCGUCUUCCCAGUGCAAUUGGAAUUAUGAUGUCAAUACAGGGGUUUUCAUCGCUGGCUGGGCCACCGUUUGCAGGCUGGCUGUUCGACGAGACCCAAAGUUACGACGCCACGUUCCUCCAAGCCGGCGCCGGUUUCCUGCUGGCCGGGCUCUUGCCGUUCCUCCUGCGGCUCAGGAAGAAACGGCCGGCGGACACGACGGAGGAGCCGGCGGACUCGCCACAAACAGUGAAGGGGGAGAAUGAGACUUUAUUGGUACCAGAACGUGAAACCGCUGUCUGAUCAUUGUUGCAAUUCAACAGUGCAGUGAGCCACAAGUUUGUUUCCAACAAUGAUCACAAAACAUAUUUAGCAUUGCGUUUUUGACCUUAUGUGUUUAGAGAAAAAGAAGAGGAAGAAAAAAACAGACAAAACGAUAUGUUUCCCUCUACGAAUGUAAACAUAAUUGCCCCGAAGGCCACGCCUGCACGUUACGUCUAAGGUCGGUGAUAUGAAAGUUGGUGGUCCCUGUGUAUCGCAUUCUUGUGUGACAUGAUGAUAGCCAGUAAGAGUAGGUU